AUGUGGACUCUGUAUAUUUAUUUAGCUAUUUUAGUGAGUAUUCUAAAUGAAACAAGAGGUCAGUUUCAAUCUGAUGGAUGUCUACCUGGUGACUACCCAUUCCCUGCUAGUGAUAGUUGUACCUCAUUUUACAGAUGUUAUAACCGCCAGAUCUUUAUCUUGAGAUGUCCACCUGCACAGAAUUUCGAUUUCGCUCGCCGUCAAUGUCGUCCACAGGCUGAAGUGGACUGUACGCAGCAAUUAAGACUUUUUACUCCAGUUCCCUCUCCAGAUGGAAAUCCUGGACCAAUCGUCAAUGUAUUCAGAGGGCUCAACCAGGUUUCCAUUCCACCAAAUCCAUUAAAUCGAUUUGGCCAAGGAGGUUUCAACAGGUUUCCAAAUAAUGGUUUUGGAGCAGGGAGAGGAUUCGGUCAACAACCCGGAAAUAACCAAUUCCCCCAACAAUUUCCAGGAAAUACACAGGGGUUUCAAGGCACCCAAAAUCGACGUCCUGGGGGCACUAACCAGUUCCCUGGAAAUAAUGGUUUUGGUUUUGGAAAUGGUGCUAGUCAGUCUGGAAUUGGGGGAAGUCAGCAAUCUAUAGUUCCAGGUCAAUCGGUUUUAAGUGGAAAUAACCAGAAUACCCAAGGCUAA